AUAUGUUGUAUCAAAAUGGAUUUACCAAAAGCCUUUUAAUUAUCAAACAAAGAAAAAUCAAUGAAAAUAAUAAUACUUUGUCAAGCGAGUAUCAUCAAUAGUAAACUUGAAAGUUUUAGUUCAGUUCUUUGCCGUUAGUGAUAGAGUUAAAUCGCAUUGAGAACUUGGUCAGUCAUCUUGUCAUACGCCAUGUUUAUUUUCCUCGUAUUAUUCGUGACGGAUACAGUGAACUGAUAUACGUAAUUAACUACACUAGUAAUUCAUCAUAGUUUCUUAACUGUAUUAUUAUUAAUAUAGUGAAAUAAAUAGUGAAAAAAGAAGAUACUAAAAACGACAAAUAGAGCAACUACAAUUCUUUAAUUACUCAACGAUUCCAAGAAGACGAAGAAGAUCAAUGACUAAUGAAGCAAAUACAGUUAAACUCCAAAAAUUGGAUCAUCGAAUAAAAAAGAAAGAUAAACAAUUAUGAUGGUGAUGAUGGAAAAAGAGAAACGCAAUGUGCAAAACAACUGCUAUAACAACAGCAACAAUAACGAAAUCGAUAGGAGGUGAAAAUAAAAUUGAUAAACCUGAACGAAGAGAUUGGCCGUCAAAUGUAUGCUGAAACGAAGAAAAAAGAAACAUACUUGUUGAUUCUGCAAUAAAUAAUCUUGUGAGGAAUCAAAAAUAAAAACAAGAUAAACGGAACAAAAGUGGAGACAAUUUUUUAUUAUUGCUAUUUGUUGUGAGUUAGUGCGUGCGUGUAACGUUUCAAGAAGAAGAAGAAGAGAAGAAGAAGGAGAAGCAAAUUUUUUAUCAAAUCAAAUAAGAGAAGAGAAAAAGGAGGAUAAUAAUUAACCAUGAAGCUCGAAGGAAAUUGUUCCAAGGAUGACGAUUCCAAUGGGAUAUUAUUACAUUCAAGAAAAAAUUCUGCUGUACGAUUACAAAUCAUACCGACCCAACCAAAAACGAUUACGCAUUUACCUAAAAGGCCCCCGGUUGAUUUGGCUUUCUCCAAUCUUGUUUACAAAGUUCAAGAAGGACGAAAAAAUAAUAUAAAAACAAUAUUAAAUUCUGUAAGCGGAAGGUUACGUUCCAGCGAGUUGACAGCCAUUAUGGGACCAUCCGGUGCUGGAAAGUCAACUCUGUUAAAUAUACUCACUGGAUAUAAGUCAACAGGAGUAGAAGGAAGUAUAACGAUGAAUGGACACGAAAGGAAUUUAAGUGCCUUCAGAAAACUCUCUUGCUACAUCAUGCAAGAUAAUCAGUUGCAUGCCAAUUUAACUGUCGCAGAAGCUAUGAAGGUUGCUACGAAUCUUAAACUUGAAAAACACGUUCCAAAGGAUGAAAAGGAAGAAGUUAUACAAGAAAUAUUGGAAACUCUUGGCUUGUCUGAACACAGAAAUACGAUGACUUCGAAUUUAAGCGGAGGCCAGAAAAAAAGGCUUUCGAUUGCACUUGAACUCGUCAACAAUCCACCUAUAAUGUUUUUUGACGAGCCUACUAGUGGAUUGGAUUCGUCAUCUUGCUUUCAAUGUAUAUCCUUGUUGAAGACGCUAGCACGUGGUGGGAGAACAAUCAUUUGUACGAUUCAUCAGCCUAGUGCAAGAUUAUUUGAAAUGUUUGAUGCGUUGUAUACCUUGGCCGAAGGUCAAUGCGUUUAUCAAGGAUCUAGUUCUCAAUUAGUACCUUUUCUAAGAACAAUUGGCUUAAAUUGUCCAAGUUAUCACAAUCCAGCUUCAUUCAUAAUCGAAGUUGCUUGCGGCGAGUACGGGGAUAAUAUAAAGAAAUUGGUGAGCGCAAUAAAAAAUGGACAAUACGAUAUACGCGAAGGACAUCAUUUUCCCGAAUUAAAAAGUGAAACUUUAAAUAAUGGUACAGCUAAUUCACACACAAAUAUUGAUAAAGACAUUGAAUCAGUUGGUAAUCAACGAGAAGUUAAAGAUAAAAAUGAUGUCAGUAAUAUCGAAGAAAAAUUUACUGCUAAUAAUGCACAAAUGAAGGAAGUUACCAACGGAGGAAUUAUUCCCAGUUAUGCAACCAACGAUAUCGUUAAACAAGGUAACGAAGUUACGAUACCCGUUUCUAAUGAAAAAGACAACGUCAACACGGCACUUCUCGAUGACACAAUUGUCGUAACACCUAAGAGAUAUCCUGUUUCGGAAUUCUUACAAUUUUGGAUAGUACUUAAGAGGGCAUUACUUUUUAGUCGAAGAGAUUGGACUCUGAUGUAUCUUCGUCUAUUCGCACAUAUUUUGGUAGGCUUUCUGAUAAGUGCCCUUUAUUAUGAUAUUGGUAAUGAUGGUGCUAAAGUACUUAGCAAUCUUGGAUUUUUAUUCUUCAACAUGCUGUUCCUCAUGUACACAUCCAUGACCAUUACAAUUUUAUCUUUCCCGUUAGAACUGCCGGUACUUUUGAAAGAAAAUUUUAACAGAUGGUACUCACUAAAAGCUUAUUAUUUGGCCAUCACUGUGUCGGACAUACCUUUUCAGGCAAUCUUCUGUAUAAUUUACGUGACAAUUGUUUAUUUUCUAACAAGUCAACCGGCUGAUGUGAACAGAUUCAGCAUGUUCCUAAGUGCCUGCCUGUUAAUAUCAUUCGUUGCACAAUCGGUUGGCCUUGUAGUUGGGGCUGCCAUGAACGUACAAAAUGGUGUAUUUUUAGCACCAGUAAUGUCGGUACCGUUCCUUCUAUUCUCAGGAUUUUUCGUCAGUUUCGACGCCAUUCCUGUUUAUCUUAGAUGGAUAACUUAUCUUAGUUACAUUAGAUAUGGUUUUGAAGGAACUGCAUUGGCAACAUAUUCAUUCGCAAGAGAAAAACUUAAAUGCUUCCAGGUAUACUGCCAUUUCAAAAAUCCAGAAACAACCUUGGAGGAGCUCGACAUGCUCGACGCAGAUUUCACCUUAGACAUUCUAGCAUUACUUUUGAUAUUCGUUAUUUUAAGAAUCGCAGCCUAUAUAUUUCUACGUUGGAAACUAAAGUCUUCACGAUAAUGGAUUAAUCACAUUUCAUUCGAUAUAUAAUUGUUUGUCUUUACAUUUUGUCUACUAAUUUACGACGAUCUCGACGACGACGAAAAGUAGAAAAAAAGUAAGAAGAAUAGGAUUUAAUUGUAUAAAAAAGAUCUAUCGCGAAAUAUUGAUCUAAUUUGAUUAAACGGUGCUAUCGAAUACAACACUUGUUCAUACAAGUUGAACAAGUUGAACAAGUAACAAAUGAAAGAUCUUUUGUUUUGCUUGCCAAAUAACACUUUUCAUUUUAAUAAACGCGAAAGAUAUUUGUUACAAAAAAAGCUAUAUAUCAUGAAAAUAAAAUGAAAUGAAAUGAUUAUUUAUUUAUCUUUAGUUUUGAAUUAUUUUAGAUAAUGUUGGUUAAUUAUAAAUCAUGUGCUUUUCUUAUUCAGGGUACUCUAUCAUUAGGUGCAAUUACUAUUGUUAUUACUAUUAUUAUUAUUAUUAUUAUUAUUAUUAUUAUUAUGAUUAUUACUAUUGUGAUUUUACUGUUAAUAUUAUUAUAAUCAUUAUAAGAGUUGUUAUUUAAAAUUCAUAAGAGGUAAAUAUGUCAGACUAACGAUCAUUAUUAAUUGCGUUCAAUAUUGAAAUAUAUAAAUACUGCAAAUUACUGCAAAAUACUGCAAAAUAGAUAGAGAAUUUCAAUUGAAUCGCUUAACACUUUUUAUAAUUUUUUACACGUAUAAUUAAUAAACAAUAUUUACAGUCGUAAUUGUUAAUACAACAUAAUAACUUUCUUUCGUCGAAUAAUAAUGAUGAUUGAAUAGCGAAUGUUUAUGCAAUUAUCCAAAAUCUAUAAAGAUGUUUAUUUAUUAAUGUCAUUCAAUAUUUAUACAGCAUAUAUAGAAAACAUUAUAGAAACAAUGAAUUAAAAAAGUUUUUCUAAACGUAGUUCAAAAGAUCAAUCCUUUUCUUGAAAUAUAUAAGAUGUUCAUCAAUGUAUCCAUUUUUUAGUUCCAUAUACGCUUAAUAUCUUCAUCUUAUAUAAUUGGCCAACUUUUCCAUAAAUUUACAGUCAUUUAUCGGCAACAAAAUAUUUCUCUUUUAUCAAUUAUCAUU